AUGCCGUACCAGAAAGUGUUGACUCCCUAUGUCAAGCUGAUUAUGCUUGAUAAUCUCACUCCUACAGACUUAUCCACUGUCAUCAGAACCGCUCUUCGAGGUGUUUGCUCGGAUGUUGAGCUUGCGCUGUUUCUAACGGCUCUCUCGAUGAAGGGUCUCAACACCCAAGCUGAAUACAUUGCCGCCGCUGUCGCUACUGUCCUUGAGUUCGCCCAUAUCGUACCCGCUGAGGAGCUUCACGAAGAUGGUUACGUUGACAUUGUUGGGACCGGUGGUGACGGCCAGAACACUUUCAAUGUUCUGACUCUGUCAGCUAUCGUGGCUGCCGGAAUGGGCUUGCAAGUAUGUAAGCAUGGAGGUAAAGCUCUGACAUCCACGUCUGGCUCCGGAGAUCUCCUUAAGUGCCUUGGUGUGCCUUUGAUGCACGUAACAUCGAAAACUACUCCUGAAAUUGUGAAGAAAUCUAAGUUUUGCUUUUUAUUUGCACCGGCGUUUCAUCCUGUGAUGGGAAAAGUCGCAAAUGUUAGAGCUCAAAUGAGUAUACCUACUAUAUUCAAUGUGCUUGGCCCGCUUAUCAAUCCAGUUCCUAUUAAAGCCCGGAUUCUUGGAGUUUACUCCAAAGAGUUAGGAGAGUCUUACGCCAAAGCUGCAGCUCAGCUUAAUCGUCAGCAUAAGUGUCACCAUCGAACCAUGGUUGUCCAUGGCGAUGUGUGCCUUGAUGAAAUCUCACCAAUUGGAAUUACCCACUACUGGAUGGUGGAUCAAGAUGGUGAAAUUACUCGUGGCACUCUUUCUCCUGGGGACUUUGGACUUGAAGAGCAUUCUCUUGACACCGUACGGCUGGGCACACCAGAGGAGAACGCCAACGUUCUUUACCACAUCUUACGCCAAGACUCUAGUGAAUAUACCAUUAAGGACAAAGAUAAUCACCCGUUAGUGGAUUACAUUUUGAUGAAUUCUGCUGCAUUAGCAUAUGUCGCUGGAAUCGCAGAUGAUUGGAAACACGGAGUGGAGUUGGCUAAGGACCUGAUCAGUUCACACGCUGCUUUGAACUCUUUAGAAACUUUUAAACAAGCGGUGGCAGAGGUUGAACCUGAAGCAAUUUACCAAUGA